AGUGGGCGCGUGACGUUGUAACGCGGCCGAGCGGAAGCCCGCUAGCCCGUUAGCAUAUUAGCAGGAGACCCUAAAGAGUUUAUUUUGGAUGAGAUGUCAAGAGUUGGAGCUGAAGCGGAGCUGCGGACUCUAGCGGAGGUGAAGAUGAACCGUUAACGCUUCAGCUUCUGCUUCAAAAUAAAACUUUAAUAACCUAAAAACAAAACAAAAGUUUGUGUUUCACCUGCUGACUAAUGCUAACCGGUCAACAGUAUAUUCUAUUCAAAGGGUUAGCGUAUAGUGCUAGCUGCUAAAAACAACCAGCCCUGAACCUGUGAAUGUCCCCCCCCCCCCACACACACAGUGCCACUACGCCUCUCCAGGUGAAACUCUGUCCGAUCUUCAGAAAGUUCGCUCUCUCUUCUCUGAUCUUCGUCUCUUUGUAGAUUUUUACUGAAGUGAGUAUAAUAUCCCAGUGUGCAUCUGGCUUCAUGAGACCCACCCGCUGUCCAGACCUCGCUGUUUCAUCUGUCCCUCCGUCUCCAUGGUGAUCAACCCGUCCUGCUCUAGCGUGGACGCCUCCGGCAACAUCCACCUAGUCGGCCUCACUAACUGGACUCAUGGUGUGUCAAACCUGUCAUCGCUUGUGUCAGAGAUGAGGCGGGCCUUCCAGAGGGACAUGCCCCUUUAUGCCAGGUCUUCUGAGCAAGCCCCGCCCCCUGCAGGUUUGCAGGUUCCUGCCCAUAGCCUUCAUUAUUCCUCCAUCUCCUCCACCAGCCCCACCUCUCCCUCUUCCUGCUCCUCCUACUCCUCUCCCCAGAGGCCUCAUCUCUUCACCUCGUCACACCUGUCUGGACAGAAAGCGAGCCAAUGGGAGCAGGGCAGGGAGGUUAGGGUGAGGAGAUCGUACACUGAGGAGUUGCGGGGGAUUGACUUUAGUGCACCUCCUCCUUCAUCUUCCUCCUCCAACAACCCUUUCCUCAGCUCCUCCCCCUCAGGUGGUCCCCCUGAAGACCAUCUCAGCUGGAAGAUGGGGGCUCUCAGGCUGGACGGAGAGUCCACCAGAAACCAGCAGCGUGAGUCUCCUGUUCGGACGGUCCAAUCAGAAGAAGCCGGAGACAGACAGACAACAAGCUCCGUGGUUCUGGUUCAAGAUUCUGGACCAGCCGCCAGAGUUGACCUUAUCAAGAUGGCGGCUUGUCUUCCUUCAGACCAGGCAGCCAGCUUCCUGUCUCUGGUCACCAUGGAGGGGCGGGCCUUUAGCCCCUCUGAUGUCAUGGAGGCGGUCCAACUAAGCAAAGAUCUCCCAGCAGCCCUCCGGUUCCUGACUCACAGCUGCCCCAUCUGUCAGGAGCAGGUGUCCUUCAGCAAGAUCAUCACCAUGACUCACUGCUCCUGUUUCUUGUGUCAGACGUGUUUUAAGGCGUUUUUCUUGUCAGCCAUUAAAGAGAAGACCAUCAAUCAGCUGGUUUGUCCUCAGUGUGGCCAACCUGAGGUCAAAGGUCAGGAAGAAAUGGAAUACUUCAACCUGCUUGACACACAGAUUCGUCACUUUCUGCCACCUCAGAUCCAUGAACUAUUCCAGAGGAAACUCCGAGAUCGAGCUCUGCAGGACAUGCCAGAUUUCCGCUGGUGCGCUCAUUGUUCAUUUGGCAUGCUUCACGAAGCUGACAGGCUGAGGAUCGACUGUCCCAGCUGUAAGAAGAGUACGUGCAGUCAGUGCAGAUCUCCUUGGUCUCCUCAACAUCACGGACUGACCUGUGACCAGUUCAGAGCCUGGAAGCAGCAGAAGCAUCUGGAUCCCCACACCACCUCCAGCAGCUACACCAGCAUUGAGUGUCCAAACUGUCAGGUGGUCUUCAGUCUGUCUAAAGGAGGCUGUCUUCACUUCACCUGCAGUCAGUGUCAGCAUCAGUUCUGUGGAGGCUGCAGUCAGACCUUCACCACCGGCUCCACGUGUAGUUUCUCUGGCGCCUGCGCGAGCAAAGGCCUUCACGCCCACCACCCCAGAGACUGCCUUUACCACCUGAGGGACUGGAGCGUGACGCGUCUCCACCUGCUGCUCCAGCAUUACAGAGCACCUCUCACCUGGCUGCAACCAGCCAACAGCCGCCCACCUCGCUCCAGUCAGGCAGGGGUGUGUUUGGUUUUGGAGCUGAGGGACAACGGCGGCGGCGGCGGCGGCGGAGGGGAGGAGCCGUGCAGUCGACCUGCUCUGCACGAAUACAGGGGAUACUGCCAGUUGCACUAUAAAGAGCGUUUGGUGGAGCUGAUCAACCGCUGCUGUGCCGACCCAGCGGCCCUUUUCAGCCGGGCAGAGAUCCUCGCCGAGCUGCAGCGCUGGCACGUCGCCGUGCCGACCAGGGAGCCAGAAGAACCGGAGCCGCUGUACACACACCGCCUCCGGCUGACUCUUCCUCCUCUCAGAAGGCAGUGAAAACCUCUGACAUCACUCCGUGACCCCGGAGCUCCGCCUCCUGCCGCUGAGCGACUGACUCCGCCCACUCCUAACAUGUUUCUGACCAAUAACUUUAAUUUAUUAACUUUUGAGACGCCCCCCCCCCCCAUCAGUGAUGUCACUGCACUAAACCUGUUAUAACAUCACGUAUCUGCUGUUCUGCUGUUUCCUGUGUUAUGAACUGUGGACGUUUCAUCCUGUCACCUCAGUUGUGGGGGGGGGCUUCUCCUUCACUGCUGUUUCCUGACCUUUGAACAGGAUGAUGAGCCCAUCAACGGUCAUUGUCUCUGAAAUAAUACUUUAAUAUUAUUUGAAGAUGAAAGAAAAAAACAGGUCCAUAUUGACUAAUAAGGUUUAGGGUUGAUGAAUAAGGGUUAGAGCCAUUAUCGGUGACACUGUGAUAUACAGAGCCUGGUGGAAGGAAAGAGACUUAAUGCACUCACAUGAUUCUGUUUGUUACGGCUCUUGUUGGACAGGGUUGUAAUGGAUUGGCGUUGCUAGGCAACAGCUGGCGAACUGGGUUGGUCCUGAGGUUGGAGGUUCUCACAGAGACGCUCAGCUCAAACAGGAAGUAGUAAACUCUGGGCUGGAAAGGGGAUUUCUUUGACUUUUUUGAUUUCUUCGGCUUCUUGAAAGCGAGUUCUCGAGGAGAACAAAGCCGUAAGCGCUUCAGGGUAUUUUUAUCUAUUGUCCACUCCAACAUGGUGUUUUGGUGCUUGGUGUAGAUGUGUCUCUAAACGAUAUAUAGGUGUGAAACCAGUUGGCUUCUUCAAUGGAUCCAUGUGUUAAAUGAAUAAUAUCCAAAUAAACUUUCUUCAUUCUUCA